AAAUACUAUUACUAAAUAAUUUGUAAACAAUAAUUAAAAAUCAUGUGAUACUUGAAUCCAAGUGGUUUGAUUAUGUUAUUUUUUUCCUAUUUGUAAUGAGUAAAAGUGAAAAGAAGGGUAGUAGAAAGCAAGAACAACGCGAAACGCCAGCACGUUCAGAAGUAAGCGUCUCACAACACAGCAGCAUUCAUAUUGCUACACCGAAGAGGGAAACUAGCAGUCUGCCAAGGAAGAUGAUACAGAGUCAGGAAAAGGAAAUGCCGUACCGACCGACUAAGAAGGACCUUGAAAAUCCUAUGACCUACAUUUACAGCGAACCGCACCCAAGCAAAAUGACUAAAUGUUUUGAAGUAUUUUUAAUUGUUAUUUCCUAUGCUAUUGUGAUCCUGACAGUGCCAAUUUCUCUUUUCUUUACAUUCCGAAUUGUAAACCAAUAUGAAAAGGCUGUUGUCUUUAGAUUAGGACGGCUGAAAAAACAUACUCCAGGGCCUGGUCUUUUUUUCUUACUACCCUGCAUUGAUGUAUACAUAAACAUUGACUUGAGAUUAACUGCAAUGAAUGUACCAUCACAAGAGGUUUUAACAAAAGAUUCUUGCACUGUUAACGUUACUGCUAUAAUUUAUUACACUAUACAAGAUCCGAUUAAAGUGGUUGCAAGUGUUCAGCAAGCGAAGAGGGCGACAAUGCUGUUAGCAUCGACAGCUCUAAGGAAUGUCAUGGGCCAUAAAGAUUUGACAGAGAUUUUAAGCGAGCGUAAGGCAAUUGCAGUGAUAAUAGGCCAAAUUCUUGAGCACACUGUAACCCAUUGGGGAAUCAAAGUGGACAGUGUAGACAUAAAAGACGUUAGCCUCCCUGACAGCAUGCAGAGGGCGAUGGCUUCAGAAGCAGAGGCAUAUCGGGAUGCCAGAGCUAAAGUCAUCAAUGCAGAGGGUGAGCUGAACUCUGCUGAAAAACUGAGACAAGCGGCUCAGGUCAUCUCACGAAACCCUGUAGCACUUCAACUGAGGUAUCUUCAGACUCUGAAUACUGUUGCGGCCAACAAUAACAACACAAUAGCAUUUCCAUUGCCUAUGAAAUGGCAAAGACAAAUUUUUAAAUAAAAAUAUAAAUUCUGAUUUUGUUAAAACAGAAA